GGACCCCCCGCACCCCCAUAGGUUCCCCCCAGGCUUGGGAACCCCUCAGGGCGGCCUCCAUAGGGAUCCCCAUGGGCCCCACCGGCCCUGGGACACACCCCCCGCACUCCCAUAGGCCCCCAGGCCUGGAAAUCCCCCAGGGAGGCCUCCAUAGGGACCCCCAUUGGACACCCGACCCCGGGACCCCCAUGGGCCCCCCCCCAGCCGUGGACCCCCCCCCCCAGGGAGACUCCCAUAGGGACCCCCGUGGGGCUCACCCAACCCUGGGACCCUUUCUCACCCCAAGGAGACCUCCACUGAGGCCCCCAUAGGGCCCCCUGCCACUGGGACCCCCCUUUCCCCUUCCAGGGAUUCCAUAGGGACAUCACAGCCAAGAGACCCCCCCAUAAGGCCUUUUGUCCCUGGGACACCCCCUUCUUCCCCCCCCAGGGAUCCCCAUAGGGCCCUGGCGUCCACCCUCACCUGCAUAGGGACCCCACUGGGACCCCCUGGCCCAGGGAUGCUGGGGGUUUGGGUGCUGGGCAGGGCCAGCCCUGGGGCCAGGGGGUGCCAGGGGGCACUGACCCCCCCACCCCCACCCCCCCCCCGGUGCCCCCCAGCUGCGGACCAUGAGGCGGCGGGGGGAGCGGGUGCCCAGGGAGAAGGCAGCAGCGGUGGCCGCAGAAGAGGAGAUGAAGAGCACGGAGAGGAAGGCUGAGCAGGGCACAGGUGAGACCCUGGCCCUGGCAGGUGGUGGGGGGGGCUGUGGGGGUCCCCCUUAUGUCCCCCCCCUCCUGCCUGCUCUGCCUGCAGAGGAGUACCAGUGCACCGGCCUCCUGGAGCAGGACUUUCCUGAGCUCUGCGCCCGGGCUGGCAUCGCCAGCGUCCCCAAAGUCACCCUCCGGCCAUCCCCGAGCUUCCCUGCCGAUGAGGAGCCCGCUGAGCUACCGCUGGCGGAGGUCCUCGCCCGCAUCCAGCGCAAGUACAGCUGCUUCCAGCCCUGCAUCCAGGUGGAGAGGGAGCACGAGGACCCCCGGAGUGUCCGUGCCAUCUUCCUGCGAGGCUGGAAGAUCGAGGGGGACAUGCUGGGGGUCCUGAGCCAGUGCCUGCCCGCCCUGGCCGGCCUGCAGGCAGUACACCUCUGGAAGGUUGGGCUGACAGAGCGGCUGCUCCCUGCGUUGGCGGCGGUGCUGGCACACUGUCCUCGUCUGCGGACGCUCAGCCUGGAGGGAAACCCCUUGCCCGAGCCUGCCUUCCACACGCUGAUGGGGAGCGACAGCAUGCUGGCCCACCUCUCGCUGCGCAACAACAGCAUCGGGGAUGCGGCCGCCCGGUUGAUUGGGCAAAGCCUUUCCACCCUGAGCUCCUCCAACCGCAGCCUGGUCUCGCUUGUCCUCAGCUUCAACCGCAUCUCGGACCUUGGAGCCGGCUACAUUGCCAAGGGCUUGCGCUUGAACCGCUCCCUGCUCUCCCUAUCCCUGGCGAACAACGAUAUCGGUGACGCGGGGGCCACCAGGCUCGCUGAGGUCCUGGGGCCGUUCGCACUGACGCACGGUGAAGUGGUAGAGAGGAGGCGGCUGCUCUUGGUGGAGGCGCUGGGACGGUUCCGCAUGACCCCAAAAGAGACGGAGGAACAGAGAGAGCGUCCCUCCAGCCUGCGUGGCAGCAUGGCCCCCGACAAGCUGCCCCCGGCCAAGCACGGCAAAACCCCCACCAAGAAGAAGGAGCCGCUGCGGAGGGAGGAGGCCAGACAGUCCAAGAAGCCACCGGAGCUGAGAGCCGCCCACAGCAGAGAUGCAAAACUGAGUGGCCAGGAGAAGCCAAGCCCAGAGGUGCCGGAUCCGGCCAAGCAGCUGCACCCGCUGCUGGAGGCCAGGCAGCACCAGGGCAGCAUCAUCCUGCCGGGAAACCGGGCACUCCUCAACCUCAACCUGACCCACAACCACAUCACUGAACGGGGCCUCGGCGCGUUCCUGGCGGUGCUGGAGGGGCAGCAGCGGGAGAAGAAGCCAAAAAUGCCAGGGCAGCAGGGGCUGCUGUGCCUCUCCCUGGAGGUGAGCCAGGUGGGUGAUGGGGCUCGCAUUGCCAUGGGACAGGGCCUGAUGCCCCGCUUCCCCACAGAAGAACCGCAUCCCUCCCACCAGCCCAGCCUUCGUGCGGCUCCAGGAGCUGCUGCCGCCGCCGCAGGACCCCCUCCCCAAAACCCAGGGCCAAGAGGGGGAGCAGGAAUUGGGCACCUAGCUGGCCCCCGAGGAGCUGCACAGGCGCCCACGGGUGAAGGAGAGCUCGCUUCUUGCCUUUUCUUUAAAAAAAACAAAAAAGAAAUCAAAACCUUUACCGUAAAAAGGAGGAAAAUAAACCAGAUGAUACAGCAUCGAACAGCAACCGGUCAGUCUUGACUCUAUUAUAUAUAAUAUAUAUAUCAGACACCCCAGCGCUGGCCUCACUGCGACAUCUGGGAGGGGGAGAAGGGAUGGGGG